GAUGACCGUGAGAAAAGCGGAGCGUGCUGGAAACGCAACAAGAGGGCGGGCGAGAAGGGGGGAGGCGCCGCGGCGGGAGCGCGGGCACAGCGUAGGGGGGGCCGGGGCGGGGUCUCUCAGAGCCGCCCGCGCCCCGGCUGAGCCCCUCCAUUCACAACCAUCUCAGCUAAUAGCAACCCCUCAAGAUAUGGCCUCAAAAAGAGCAUUGGUGAUUUUAGCAAAAGGGGCAGAGGAAAUGGAAACUGUAAUCCCUACUGAUGUUAUGAGAAGAGCUGGGAUAAAGGUGACUGUUGCAGGUCUAACAGGAAAAGAACCAGUGCAGUGCAGUCGAGAUGUCUUCAUCUGUCCUGAUGCUAGUCUUGAAGAUGCCAGAAAAGAGGGGCCUUACGAUGUUGUGGUCCUGCCUGGCGGUAAUCUUGGAGCUCAAAACUUGUGUGAGUCUGCUGCUGUGAAAGACAUUUUGAAGGAUCAGGAAAGCAGAAAAGGCCUGAUUGCUGCUAUAUGUGCAGGUCCUACUGCCCUUCUGGCACAUGGGAUAGGGUUUGGAAGCAAAGUCACAACACAUCCUUUGGCCAAAGAUAAAAUGAUGAAUGGAGCACACUACAGCUACUCUGAGAGCCGCGUGGAGAAAGAUGGGAAUAUCCUCACCAGCCGCGGGCCUGGGACCAGCUUUGAGUUUGGAUUGGCAAUUGUUGAAACGCUGAUGGGGAAGGAAGUGGCCGAACAGGUGAAGGCACCUCUAAUACUGAAAGAGUGAAACCCUAGUGUGGGACAGGAAGUAAGACAAAAUUUGGAUAGAGAGUCUUGUUCUCUGUAGAGUAACUGUAAGCUGCACUGUUGUAAAUACAGUUUAAUUUUGGGUGAAAUUAGGAACUGUACUUAUCUUAACUGGGAUACUGUAACAAACCAAAGGUCUUUAUCUCUGGAAAAAGAUAGUUCGCAAAAAGCUUCAUCACAAAAAAGUAGCCAGCAUCUAAUAAUCUUAGUUAGCUCUUGGAUGGCAUUUAAAAAUCACAUGGAAAAAAUGUUUGCUGAGUAAAUAAAAAUGAAGCAGCCCUGCAGGUGUGUUGGUACUUUGUGUGUUUUCUCCCAACCCAGACCUAUGAAAACUACAUCUGUUUAGAUUCUUGCACAGUGUGAGCUGAAAUGAGCACUGGAACAAGCUCCCUAGGGAGGGGGGUCAUGGCCCCAGGCCUAUCAUUGUUCAAGAAGCAUUUGGACAACGCUUCUCCAUUAUAUGGUUUAACUUUUAGGUUGCCCUCUGUGGAGUCAGGAGUUGGCUUUGAUGACCUUUGUUAGUCUCUUCCAACUCAGGAUAUUCCAUGACAUAGAUUAUUAAGUUGUAACUUAGAAUGGGUUAAAACAUUGUGUAGUUUUUUCUGUACAAAUAAGGCAAAUAACUAGUAUUAAUUCUAAAACAGUGUGAAACUAAAUAAAAACUGUGAAUAUUCGUACCUUGCCAAGCACCUUAAGAGUUCCUGCAGGUUGAACAUGAUACCUUGAAAUUUGUCAUCUGCAUAAAAUGAUGGCAGAUCCAUUGAGCUACUUGGGCAGCUAAUAGUCAGCAUAAAGCAGAAAGGUUGGAUUUGGCAGCAUACCGCCAGUAGCAGUGCUUCUUUCUGCUUACUAUAAAUCGGGACUUGCUACAAGCCUAGCUUAAGUGAGCAUAUGUCAGUUUAGAGGAGUUGCAGGGCAUAUCUCUGGAAAGAAGUAGUGGGGCUGUAUUCCCAUGGGCAUUAAGAAUCUGGCACCGCUUUUUGUCUUUGCUACCUUUCUUUUACCAAAUAAUUCUGCUGUUACCUGGCUCUGUCAGCAGUCAUGCUUUACAUAAUGGCCCCUCAUUGGACUCUGAAGUUACCGCAGCAUCUGGAGAUCUGGCUCUGAAGUGCAUAAUCUGAACUUCAGAAAAUUGCUGCAUAGGAGCCUUUAUGAUUGCUUAUUUUAAUGGGAAACAAGUUCAUUCUCAACUACUGCAUUUUAGUAAUAAAAUACAUGGAUACUUUUGCAAAUUUAGAAUUCAAAAAUGUCUCUAUGUUGUUAAUAUCUACUGGAAGAACUGCUUCAACUGUAUGCUCUGCUUCUUAAUUUGUUUAGGAAAUACUUCAUAUGUUUCUUUAGCUUUUAAAUAUGCCCAAGAUAUGCAAAAAAUUGUAAUCUAUGUAAGAUUGGACAUGUUUGUGUGGUAAAUCUGCAUGUCUAACUGGUAUUGCUGUGCAAAUGUAAACGAAAUGAUGGAAAGAUUCUUUGUCCUAGAUACUGGAAUAAUUACUUUGUAAACGAGCAUGAUUCAGAAUACAGGAAAAACUCUGCA